AGAAAUACUUGUGUACCUUUUUACUUUGGCAACUGGAGAACAAAACCUGUCAUGCUAUGUUUUGGUACAACCAGUAUCCUGGUUACAUCUGUGCUUUUAUUAUAUGUCCCAGAUUGUCUGGGGCAGGACUAUCCCUUCAUGAAUCCUUCACUGCCAUGGGAUGCACGAGUGAAGGAUUUGAUCGGCAGACUUAGCCUUGAUGAGAUGGUACUUCAGAUGGCAAGAGGAGGUGCACUGAAAAAAAUGGUCCAGCUCCAGCCAUCCCUCGCUUGGGUGUGAAGCCCUAUAACUGGAACACAGAAUGUCUGAGAGGGGAUGUCCAAGCCCCAGGCUGGGCUACUUCUUAUCCUCAGGCUUUAGGACUGGCUGCAUCAUUCAGCCCAGAACUGGUAGGCAGAGUAGCUAAUGCUACCGCCACUGAAGUGAGAGCCAAACAUAAUUAUUUUAUGUCCAUUGGGAACUAUGAUGACCACACUGGGCUUAGCUGCUUCAGUCCUGUGAUAAAUAUCAUGCGGCAUCCACUUUGGGGAAGAAACCAAGAAACAUAUGGAGAAGAUCCCUAUCUUAGUGGAAUUCUAGCUGCCGCGUUUGUAAAAGGACUGCAGGGAGACCAUCCUCGCUAUAUUAAAACGAAUGCAGGCUGCAAGCACUUUGAUGUACAUGGGGGCCCUGAGAAUGUACCAGUUUCAAGAUUCAGUUUUGAUGCCAAGGUGGAGGAAAGAGAUUGGAGAAUGACAUUUUUGCCUCAGUUUCAGGCUUGCGUUGAAGCUGGGACCUACAGUGUCAUGUGUAGCUACAAUAGAGUGAAUGGAAUUCCUGCUUGUGCGAAUGAAAAGCUGCUGACAAACAUCCUUCGCAAAGAAUGGGGUUUUGAAGGCUAUGUUGUCAGCGACGAGGGUGCACUUGAAUUUAUCAUGAUGGAGCACAAGUACACCAGCAGCUUCCUGGAAACAGCAAUAGUUUCUGUCAAUUCUGGAUGUAAUUUGGAGCUGGCAUUUAAUCUGUUGGACAAUGUUUUCAUGAAAAUUAAAGAUGCGGUCACAUAUGGAAAUAUCACUAUAGAGACCGUGAAACAACGUUUAUACCCCUUGUUCUACACACGAAUGCGUUUGGGAGAGUUUGACCCUCCAGGCAUGAAUCCUUACAGUGCUUUAGACCUGAGUUCUGUUCAGAGCCAAGAGCACAGAGACCUUGCAGUGGAAGCUGCUAUAAAGAGCUUUGUCCUGCUAAAGAAUCUUAAGGACACAUUACCAUUGGAUUUCCGGAGCAUCAAAGGAAAGAAAUUUGGGGUAAUUGGCCCAUUUGCCAAUGAUCCCAAAGGACUAUUCGGAGACUAUGAACCAUAUCCAGAUCCUCAGUAUGUUAUAACUCCCAGGGAUGGCAUCGCAGAGCUUCCAGUGCAGGUCAGUUUUGCAGCUGGCUGUGGAGAUGCUAAGUGCGAAACAUACUUCCCAGAUGAGAUAAAAGAGUUAGUCCAAUCUGUAGAUAUUACAGUUGUAUGCCUUGGAACUGGUGUGACUGUAGAAAGUGAGGGGAUAGAUCGAAAGAAUUUAUCUCUACCUGGCUUCCAAUCCACAUUACUCAGUGAUGCUGUAGCCUCAGCUGCAGGACGUCCUGUUAUUCUGCUGCUCUUUAAUGCUGGUCCUUUGGACAUUUCCUGGGCCAAGGAAAGUGAGGAUGUGCAUGCCAUUCUGGAGUGCUUUUUCCCUGCACAAGCUGCAGGCACGGCUAUUACUAAGGUUUUAAUAGGAGCACAAGAGGCAAAUCCUGCAGGCAGGUUGCCAGCCACAUGGCCUGCAAGCAUGGAGCAGGUCCCUGCCAUGGAAAACUACACAAUGCAAGGGCGGACAUAUCGGUAUUAUGGGAGCCAAGUUCCUCUCUACCCAUUUGGCUAUGGGCUUUCCUAUACCAUGUUUCAUUAUAGUAACCUGGAAGUCAACCCAAGUCUUUUGCAUCCUUGUGACACUCUUCUCUUGUCUGUGAAUGUGAAAAAUACCGGCUUAAGAAUGGGGGUUGAGGUGGUACAGGUGUAUAUGAGCUGGUGGACUGCUUCUGUGCCGGUUCCUCAUUGGCAGUUGGUAGGAGUUCAACGGGUAACAAUUCCAGUAGGCAGUUCUGUAAAGGUCUCUAUUAAAAUCCUACCAAGGCAGCGAGCAGUUUGGACUGACAACUGGAUACUUGAGCCUGGAGAAUUUGCCAUUUAUGCUGGGGGACAGCAACCCUAUCAAAUUACAAGUGUGCCAUCCAAUGUUCUGCAAGCCACCUUUAUAGUUGUGGGGACAUCUCGUCCUCUCAGUAUUUGCUGA